CGCUGAUUGGAGCGCGGGCCCGCAGCCGGGUUCGCCCCGCACAGCCCCGCGCUCGCGGCCACCGCACCUGGAGCGCCACCGACGACAUGGGCAGACGUGGCGCGCCGGAUCCGCGCGCAGAUGUGAAUUAUUAAAAAGAAGAUGGACACUGUAUUUCCUUUUCUUGUCACCCAGGAAGGGUAUACUAUCUGGAAAAUAUGCAUCUAAGGCGAGUGAGGACCAUGCCCCGCCACAGCCAGUCCCUGACGAUGGCGCCUUACUCUUCAGUGAGCCUGGUGGAGCAGCUGGAAGACAGGAUCCUCUGUCACGAGAAGACCACGGCGGCACUGGUGGAGCACGCCUUCCGCAUCAAAGACGACAUCGUCAGCAGCCUGCAGAAGAUGCAGAACAAAGGAGGCGGCGACCGCUUGGCCAGGCUGUUCUUGGAGGAACACAUCAGGAACAUCACGGCUAUCGUGAAGCAGCUGAGCCGGGACAUCGAGGUUCUCCAGGAGCAGAUCCGUGCCAGGGACAACAUCAGCUAUGGAACUAAUUCUGCCUUAAAGACGCUGGAGAUGCGCCAGCUCUCUGGCUUGGGAGAUCUCCGAGGAAGAGUUGCAAGGUGCGACGCCAGCAUAGCCAGACUUUCCGCAGAGCAUAAGACAACCUACGAAGGGCUCCAGCACUUGAACAAGGAACAGCAAGCAGCCAAGCUGAUUCUGGAAACAAAAAUCAAAGACGCGGAAGGACAGAUCUCCCAGCUUCUGAACAGAGUAGACUUGUCCAUCUCGGAGCAGAGCACCAAACUGAAGAUGUCCCACAGAGACAGCAACCACCAGCUCCAGCUCCUGGACACCAAAUUUAAGGGCACAGUUGAAGAGCUCAGCAACCAGAUUUUAUCUGCACGGAGUUGGCUGCAGCAAGAACAAGAACGGAUAGAGAAAGAACUUUUACAGAAGAUCGACCAUCUUUCCUUGAUUGUUAAGGAAAACAGUGGAGCCAACGAAAGAGACAUGGAGAAGAAGCUCAGCCAGAUGUCGGCCAGGCUGGACAAAAUCGAAGAGAGUCAGAAGAGGAACGUGGAGGGACAGAGGACAAAGCCGGAGGAGGAGAAGGUGCACGGGCUGAUCAGCAAACUGGAGUUACAGAUGAAUGAGGACAUGAAGGAGAUGAAGGCGGAAGUCAAUGCCGGGUUCACAGCCAUCUACGAAAGCAUAGGGUCCCUCAGACAAGUGCUGGAGGCCAAGAUGAAGCUGGACAGGGACCAGCUGCAGAAGCAGAUCCAGCAGAUGCAGACGCCGGAAACGUCCAUGUGAAGAGGUCUGGGACGAGGGCCUGAUAGGAGACUGCCUGUGGGGCUAUGAGCCGGGCACCUCGGCAGCCUGACCGUGGCUGCGUGCUGGACCCCACCCAGGGUGUGCAUGCGCUCUCACGGGUCUAAACGUUUACCUUCCGUCUUGAAAACACCCUUUACUUAAAAAUCUUAACUACAGUUUUUACGACUUUCUUUCCCUAUCCAAGUGCGGUGGAGCCCUGUCCCCUCAGGUUUUGAAAGGCUUUUAUGAAUGAAAAGAAUUUAUUUUCAGUGAUUGAUGCUCUAGCCAAGACUACUAUUUUGAAAACAAAAAAACUGCCAUGGUGAUUUUUUUUUUAAAUUAAGAAACGUAUUGCUCCUUACCUACAUUAAAAGAAUGAUGCCCUGGUAGAUUAGAGUUCAGCUUUAAGUCCACAUUUGGAUUGUAUUACUGUUGUCUAUGAUUUUUUUUUUUUUUUUACAUUAGGUUAUUUUCUUGUAAAUCACUUGUCUUUUGUAGAAAAGGGGUUUAACACUGGGGGGGAAAACCCUGCCAUUUAUAUAACAAAAAUAGUUUUUUAAAAAUUGAUAAUUGCCAUACAGAUUACAAAUUAAGUGGAAACUUACAACAUUUAUCUAGAUUCCAAAAGGCACAAUAUUUAUAUCCACCUAGAAGUAUCAGCUUUUAAUAUUUAAAGCUAUUUUUGGAACCCUUCACAGCCUGUGUAGCGAUAGCCAUAUAUUUAAUGAUGUGAUGGUUGCUAAGCAGUCUGUUUAUUGCACAGAUAAUUGUUCAUCAAUUGUAAUGAAUGUGAGAAUUUUUUCAGAUGUUAUGAUUUACCUAAAUGUUCCCUAAAUAGGCACUAAGUGCUAAGAAUUAUAGAUAUUUGUUGUAACUGUAUAUUCGUGCCUUGGUUUCUAUCACAUGGCUGUACUGUCCCCUGUUUUAAGAAAAAUUUACCAACAAAAUAGAGAGUGUGGUAAACACAUCGGGGUUGUGAUGUGAAACUGGGGCCCUAUGUACUUUUUAAACGUCCUAACGAUUUUACCAUUGUCACGACAGGCUGUAUUCAGUGUCGUUCAUGGAACAGGU